CGGCGGCUGGCUCCCUCCCUCCGUUCCACCCUCUCUCUCGCUCGCUCCACCCACCACCACCACCGCACCCUCCUCCCUCCUCCCUCGUUUCCCCCGCGUCCGCGUGCUGUAGCAGCUUAGCGCCAACCCACGAAAUCAAUCCCCAAUCCCUGCCUCCUCCGCCCGCCAACCCUAGCCCCGCGCCCUCCCGCAUGGACGACGACGACGCCGGGGGCGGCGGCGACGCGUCCCCGCAGCACGAGGGCGGGGGCGGGGCGGUGGUGAUCGAGCGCGGGGCGGGGGCGACGGCGCCCGCGCGGGACGCCGCGGCGGCCUCGCCGACGAGCUCGCGCUCCGUGACGGAGACGGUCAACGGCUCGCACCGGUUCGUCAUCCAGGGCUACUCCCUCGCCAAGGGCAUGGGCGUGGGCAAGCACAUCGCCAGCGAGACCUUCGCCGUGGGGGGGUACCAGUGGGCGAUCUACUUCUACCCGGACGGGAAGAACCCCGAGGACAACUCCGCCUACGUCUCCGUCUUCAUCGCGCUCGCCUCCGAGGGCACCGACGUCCGCGCCCUCUUCGAGCUCACCCUCCAGGACCAGAGCGGCCGGGGCAAGCACAAGGUGCACUCCCACUUCGACCGCGCCCUCGACGCCGGGCCCUACACCCUCAAGUACCGCGGAUCCAUGUGGGGUUAUAAAAGGUUUUUUCGACGCACUGCCCUUGAGACAUCGGAUUUUCUUAAAGACGAUUGCUUGAAGAUAAAUUGCACUGUGGGUGUUGUAACAUCAACCAUGGAGUACUCUAGACCGCAUUCUCUAGAGGUUCCGGACUCUGACAUAGGCUACCAUUUUGGGACGCUUUUGGAAUCUCAAGAGGGUGCAGAUGUUAUUUUUAGUGUAGCAGGAGAGAGGUUUCAUGCUCAUAAGUUAGUGUUGGCUGCGCGAUCUUCUUUUUUUAGAUCUGAAUUUCUUGAUCCUGAAUCAGAUGAAGAAAACAGUGAAGUCGACACCAGUAACGAAAUCAAAGAGAUUGUCAUCGACGACAUGGAGCCAAAAGUCUUUCAGGCUGUGCUUCACUUCAUGUACAGGGACAAUCUUGUCGGUGAUGACGAAUUGUCUGCAUCAAGCUCAGAUUGUCCCAUCUUUGAUACUUUAGCUGGGAAAUUGUUGGCUGCAGCAGACAAAUAUGAGUUGCCAAGGCUAAGAGUGUUAUGUGAAUCUUACUUGUGCAAACAGAUUUCUGUAAAAUCUGUGGCAACUACUCUAGCGCUGGCUGAUCGGCAUCAUGCUACAGAGCUCAAGUCCGUCUGCCUAAAAUUUGCUGCUGAGAACCUUUCAGCUGUAAUCCGGACCGACGGAUUCGAUUACCUCAAAGACAACUGCCCGGCGCUGCAGUCGGAGAUCCUCCGGACGGUAGCCGGGUGCGAGGAGGAAUGCAGCAGCGGCGGCAAGAGCCAGAGCGUGUGGGGCCAGAUCUCGGACGGCGGCGACACCAGCGGGCGCAGGGUGAGGCCCAGGGUCUAACGCCGCCACCGCCAGCAAGUACUGACCUGUAUGUGUUAGCGACCUGCCGCUGCUGUAUAAAUUCGUAACAGCCAUUUGAUGUUGUGACAGAUCUUCUUGUAAUAAUAAUAGCAUCCGCUCUGUUGUAGUACCUUCUUUGUUCAUAACCGUUUUGUGUUGGAUAAUUUACCUUCCUUUUUUAAAAGAGAACUUUGCUUCGCUUAACAGUUAA